AUUAGUUUACAGCAAAACAUAAUGAAGAUCAGACUGACAGCUCUUUUUUAUCUUACCUUCAUCUACUUAGAUGAAGUGGAAGGAACAGCUACUAUUAUGUCACUUGGUUGUGAGUCUACAAAUAGUCUCUCAUCACAUUUAACUGUAGGAAGGGAGUACACUAUGUAUUGUUCAAUAACUGGACCUAAUAAUCCACCUGUUGUAGCUUGGAUAAUUGCACCUAAUUAUUCUAUUACAAUUGUUAAUAAAAACACUGUAGCUUCUGUUGGUGGUUUUACUGCUAGAGUUGUCAAUUCAGAUGGGAAUUCAAUCACAUCAAGCCUAACAUUCACUGCCACUGCCUCUCUUGAUCAGAAGGUUAUUGUCUGCCAGGAUAGUCCUAUUGGAGUUUCAUUGAUCCGAGAUGAAUGCCGUAUACAAAUAGGAAACCCUGGAUCUAGUUUUAGAUCUAAAUCUAUCACAUCAACUAAAGCUGAAUCUACUCCGACUGUACCUGCCCAAUCAACUGAAGCUAGAUCUAGUAGUAAUACCAAAUCAACUCAAGCUAGAUCUACUUCAACUAUAUCAACCACAUCAACUCAAGCUGGAUCUACUUCAAUUGUAUCUAAAACUGGGUCUACUUCAACUGUAUCAACUUCUUCAUUUGGUCCUAGACCUACUUUGGCUACAACUACUCUACCUACAGUAAUUUGGUCUACAGUUAGUUCAACUCCACAAACAACUUUAUUAACACCAGUUGCUACAAAUACUGCUUCACCAGUUUCGCCAACAUCCGGUAAAAGAAUUGUCAACAUUAUCGUAAUUCCCGUGGUAGCUGUUACUGUUGUCAAUGCAAUAAUAACCGGUAUUUGUCUCCUGUCAAUAUGCAUCUGUAAAAAGAGGCCAUUUCGAAAAAAUGGUAAUUCACAUGAUCACAGUAAUCCUAUUUCUCAUAUUGAAUUAACAAAUCAAGACAUUAGUAUUCCACCGCCCCCAGUAUACGACUACAUAACAGUAGAACCUAAUGUACUCACUCAACCUUCAGAUCUCCACAAUCAAUCAACUAAUGAAAGCAUCAGUGUUCUACCGCUUCCAGGAUAUGAUAACAUAACAAUAGAGCCUAAAGUGCCUACUCAAUCACCAGGUCUCCAAUAUGAAGAACCACAGCCACUAUCAUAAUGACAUUAAAUAAUCAUAAUGACAUUAAAUAAUAUUGUAUUUGGUAUGAACUGACAAUACAGACAAAUGCCUACUAGAGGCAUAGUACUUGGCAUAGGACUUGUCUAGCUAUAGUCAUUAGAUUAUGUAUCUUCGUGUAGUUGAUAUGUUUGUUGCUAUAGACCAUAUAAGUGAA